UUAAGACCAGUUAAGUAUGUUCUCAUUUUCAACAAGAAUAUGCACCAGAUACUGUGUCGUUAGGUACCAAAACAUAUACAUUAAAUUCAAAAAAGCUAAACACUCCACAGGAAUUGGUUAUAAAAAUUACGUGACACAGCAUUCACCCCCUAAACGAGGUCUCAAAUAUGCAGUAGCUGUGGUGGCUCCCAUUCCUGAAAUAAAUGUCCCCAUCAUCUGGGUAUUGGGCGGUCCUGGGUCAGGUAAAGGAACUCAAUGUGACCGAAUCGUAGCCAAAUAUGGGUUUACCCACUUGUCGUCAGGAGAUCUUCUGCGAGCAGAGGUAUCUAGUGGUUCCACUAGAGGCCAAGAACUGAAUGCAAUAAUGGAAAGGGGAGAACUGGUACCACUGGAGGUCGUUCUGGAUCUCCUUAGAGAAGCUAUGUUAAAGGCUCUACCAACUUCGAAAGGCUUUCUUAUCGACGGUUAUCCUAGAGAAAAGGAACAAGGAAUUCUAUUCGAACAGACCAUUGCUCCAGUAAAUUUAGUCUUGUUUUUUGACGCCUCAGAUGACACUCUGGUAGAAAGGUUGCUAGAAAGGGCCAAAACUUCCGGAAGAGUGGACGACAAUGAAGAAACCAUUAAGAAAAGACUGCAUACAUUCAAUACUCACAAUGAACAUGUCAUACAGCAGUAUCCUGAAAAAUUAAGAAAAAUAAACGCAGAAAGAGGUCCAGAUGAAAUUUUUUCUGAGGUUACUUCGUAUUUGGAUCCUUUAGUAUCAUAAUACAAAUUUUGAUGUAAGGAAAAUGCAUUGGCCUUAGCAAUAAGCACAUCGAACACCACAAUUUAUUAAAAAAUGUUGUUACUUAGGUUAAUUAUUUAUUUGCAAUAUACUUUUCACUGUUACAAUUUA